CGCGUCUCCCACCCACCCUUAUCUCUUCUCCUCUCCUCUCCUGUUCAGAAGCUACCGCUACUCUACUCUACUUCACCAAGUUAGUCUCUGUUAUUUAGUUUGACAUAAUCAUCCCUGUUCCACAAAGUACUGCAAAUUUGUAAGCUUAGAUCAUCAAAAAUGUGUGGCGGUGCAAUCCUCGAAGGCCUCAUCCCGCCCCGCAACAACAACGACGGCACUCGCCGUCUCUCCUCCGCUGACCUCUGGCCCUCCGCUGCUGAAUUUUGGCCCAACUCUCACCUUGCCAAGCCCAGCCGCUCCAACCCAACUGAUGCCCCCCACAAAGCCACACACGAAACUUUUCACGAUCCACAUGAUGAAGCUGGUGGAAAGCAGCAAGUCCUUCCCAAGGGUGCCAAGAGGCAGAGGAAAAACUUAUACAGGGGGAUCAGGCAGCGACCAUGGGGGAAAUGGGCUGCUGAGAUUCGAGACCCUAGGAAAGGCGUGAGAGUCUGGUUGGGCACUUUCAACACAGCCGAAGAAGCUGCCAGAGCCUACGACAAAGAAGCUCGAAAAAUCAGAGGCAAGAAAGCCAAGGUUAACUUCCCAAACGAGGAUUCGACCAGUCAUCCCACAUGCAUCCCUUCGCAACCCCAGUACCAACAGGUACACAUCCCCAGCCCUCCCACUUUCUGUGGUCCCUCCUCCUCCAAUGGCAAGUUCAAUCAGCUCCGUGUUGGGUCGUCUGAUUGCAGUGCCAGUGACUGCUAUCACGCGAACAGCAUCGAUGAUUGUGUCCGUAUCAACAAUAUGAUGGGUUUUCGAAAUCCAAGCGAAGAGGUUUCUGGUUCUGGUAGUUCAGAUAAUGAGUGUUUUCUUGGCCACCUUAAACAAGUAGCCAAGGCGGAGGAGGAGGAGGCUUCGGUUAUAACUGAAAAUGAUACGAAAGACAAUAACAAAGCAGCUGAAAGCGAGGAGUACCAAGUGGAAAAGCUGUCUGAGGAGCUGCUGGCCUAUGAGUCCUUCAUGAAGUUCUAUCAGAUUCCUUAUAUAGAUGGGCAGUCCGCGGCUGCAUCGGCCAACCCUGCUCAAGAGCUGGCAACUUCUAUUCAGCUUUGGAGCUUUGAUGAUGUCUCACCCGCCAAUCGCCCAAUGCCUCUGUAAAUCGCCCAAGUUCGAUGGUCUUUUUUUUUUUGGGAGUCCCAAUUGUGUUUUGGUGCCUAGUUUUUGUAGGUUUUGUUGUGUAAUUGACAUUAACUUCUUAAAACAUUGGAGGAAAUUGUUGUUAGAUUGCAGGUUGGUACUCUUGACCGGCUUGUUUAGUUAAAAUACCUGUGUACGUUGGCACUUUGUAAUUAGUGUUUUUGUGGACAUAAAACUUUGUAAGCACUCCUGUUAUCUGUUCCCAUCAAUGAUAAA